AUGUUCGCAUUGCUAUUGAUUUUGACUGGCUGCCAGCUGCUGUGGAGUUCGCCUGCUGAGAGUACUUCCAUUAACGAACCGGUGCCAAUCCUCAAAUCGGUGGCCGAACAACUCACCUCGGGUUCCUACCUAUUUUCGUACGAGACCGCAGAUGGCACCUAUCGGGAGGAGCUGGGCAUAGUGAGCCGGAGCUCCGAUUCGAAGAGCUCUGAUGACGAUCUCGAGGUGUCCGGUAUUUAUCGCUAUAUCGACGACUGGGGCCAGGAGGUGGAGGUGCGCUACACGGCGGACAAGAGUGGCUUUCUGCCCCAUGUUCGGUACAUAUAAGGGGAAGCCUAUAAACCAUUUCGCAUAGAGCCAUUAUCUUUGAUGGGCGCACAUUCUUGAAAAUGUUAGCCAGACAAUUACCAGAGCCGAGCGGCGAUACAGGGGCGAAUGCCGGCUUUUGGGGUCCAAGGAGCGCCACACAGAAAAAAAUAGUUGCAAAAUAGUAUUAUUAUAAUCUUAUUCUAUUUAUUCACUAUCUGCGCAGAGUAAGAUA